UCUCCACUUCUCCACACAGAGCACACCCAUCCACCAUCCAUCCAUCCAGGCUAGAAGCAGCGGCGAAACAAGUGCGCCCCUAGCUGCGAGCACAAGGGGCAGGCAGCAAUGGCGAGGCAUCGCCUCCUUGCCGUGCUCAUGCUCCUCGUCGGGGUAGUGGCAGCCUCCACUUUCCACCAAGCGGCCGCCGCUGGCCGGGGCCUUGCUGCCGUCGAGAAGUUUGCGGACCUGGAGCCAAAGCCAAAACCUAAACAAGAGGCAAUGCCCAAACCAAUGCCGAAGCCUGAACCCAAGCCGAUGCCAAAGCCCGAGCCCAAGCCCAAGCCCAAGCCGAUGCCUAAACCUGAACCCAAGCCAGAGCCCAAGCCCAAGCCGAUGCCCAAACCUGAACCCAAGCCAGAGCCCAAGCAUAAACCAAUGCCUAAGCCAGAGCCUAAGCCGGAACCUAUGCCUAAGCCGGAGCCCAAGCCUAAACCUGACCCGAAACUAGAGCCACCACCAAAGCACAAGCCGCCAACAGCUUACAAUUGAUGGGAUACUAUAUAUGACAACAGAAAGAUCAAGGAGAUCAUGGCCGGGGCCACAAUCGCGAUAUUUCUGGAAUAAGUAGUGUAGUAACAAUGUCAUUCUAUCCGGCUAGCUCGAUAGCGAUGCAUCUUUCUGUAUUCUAUGUAUUUCGUUACAUUUAUAAAGUUUCUGUUCCAUGCAUCCAUGAUGAGUAUUACUACUUUGUAAUUGUUAUUUGCUUGUUGGUGUAAGUUCAAUUUUGUACGUGACUCGUUGUUCUAUUUGUGUAUCGCAUGAAUGAGUUAUUUUGUCUA